UACAGAUAAGAUAACGCUAUACACUGUAAAAUACAGAGAAAACUGAGCAAAUUGAAAAUGGCGUCAUGGGGUUCAUCUUCUUGCCUCCACAAUUACAGCUUAACCAAAAUCCCAACUUCAGAAGCAGUGAAAUUAUCAGAAAGAACUUCAAUUUUAACAAUUGUGUCUCAGAAAAAAACCAAGAAAGUACGAAAGAUAAUACUGAAAGAGGAUAUUACACAGUUGGGGAAAAAGGGAGAGCUUUUGGAUGUUAAAGCUGGAUUCUUUAGGAAUUAUUUGCUACCAUUAGGCAAAGCUCAAAUUGUGACACCUGCACUUAUCAAGGAAAUGAAGAUGGAAGAUGAGAAAAUUGAGGCUGAAAAACAACGGGUGAAAGAUGAGGCACAACAGCUUGCUCGAAUUUUUGAAACUGUUGGAGCCUUCAAGGUGAAGCGUAAGGGUGGGAAAGGAAAGCAAAUCUUUGGAAGUGUCACUGCCCAGGAUCUUGUUGAUAUUAUAAAAGCGCAGAUACAGAGGGACGUGGACAAGAAAAUUGUCACUCUGCCUGAGAUUCGAGAAACCGGAGAAUAUAUUGCUGAAUUGAAGCUGCAUCCAGAAGUUACAGCUCGAGUAAGGUUGACGGUGUACGCCAAUUGAGCAUAGUGGCUUUCUGGUGCAGUUGAUGCCAAGUCAGGAUUUUUCUGUAUCGGCUCGCUGGGCCAAGGUAGGGAGGAUGCUAAUAAACAAUGUAGAACAUCAGAUUCAGACUCCACAUAUGGACCCCAAGUUUGUAAAUCAAUUUUCUUAUUUUGAGAUCAUUUCUCCUGACCUGUAACGUCAACCUUCUCAUCCUAAGCCUUCUUAUUUCAACUAUUAUCACUAUAUACAAAUCUGUACCUAUCUUUUCAA